GCUAUACCAACACCGAGACCUUAAGCUCCAAGACCAUGGCCCGCAUUGCGGCGUUCUUGCUGGUGGCCCUGCUCUCCUUAGCCGGGCAUCUCGCGCAGUCCGCGCCAUGCCGAUCAUGCCCGCCCACAAAGCCUUCCCAGCCUGCACCGUGUAAGCACAAGUCCUCACCAUCGUCCAUACCCUGCCCUCCACCUUCACAAACUCCCAUGCCCUCAACCACACCCACACUCACCCCGGUGACUCCGACGCCGGCACCGACCCCGACUGUCUUCAUCCCUCCACCUACAAACACUCCGGCACCCACGCCCAUACCGGCCUCUGUAACUCCAACAUCGGCACCGACCCCUAUGAUGCCUCCAAUACCAACCCCUAUAACUCCAACGCCGGUACCAGCUCCUCUCUCUCCAACACCAACACCGGUGGCCCCAACACCUACAACCGUGAUGCCGCCGACACAGAUGCCUAUGGCACCAAUGCCGGCACCGACCCCUGUAUCUCCAACGCCAAACCCGGUGGCCCCAAGACCUAUCCCUGUGAUGCCGCCAACACCGACGCCGGCAUCGACCCCUAUCUCUCCAACGCCAAGUCCGGUGGCGCCAACACCGACCCGUGUGGUUCCGACGCCAGCACCCACCCCUGUCUCUCCGUCGCCAACCCUGGUGACCCCAAUACCGGCCCCUGUGAUGCCGCCAACACCAACAUCGGUGACUCCGAUGCCAGCACCGACCCCCGUUUCUCCAACGCCAACUCCGGUGGCCCCAACAGCGACUCCUAUGAUACCGCCAUCACCAACCCUUGUGACUCCGAUGCCAGCACCAACCCCUGCCUCUCCAACGCCAAUCCCGGUGGCCCCAACACCGACCCUCGUGAUGCCGCCAGCACCCACCCCUGUGACUCCGACGCCACCCCCAGCCCCGGCCCCAGCGCCGGCUACAUCGACCGGCAAGUGCCCCGUGGACACACUGAAGCUACUUGCGUGCGUGGACGUGCUCAAUGGGCUGUUGCACGCGGUGAUCGGCAGUAGCGCCAGGAAUACAUGCUGCCCGCUGCUGUCCGGCGUUGCCGACCUCGACGCUGCUCUCUGCCUUUGCACCACCAUCAAGGUCAAGGCCCUCAACAUCAACCUCAUGCUGCCCAUCGCCAUCGAGGUGCUCGUCAACCAGUGCGGCAAGAGAGUGCCGAAAGACUUCCGCUUGAACCUUGUUUCGCAGCUGAGUACAGGCUUCCGGCUGAAGAGGUCCGACACGAUCUCCGCUCACUUCCAGGCGAGCAGGGUGCUGGAUGUUCAUGCGAUCCUCACCUUGUCCUUCCUCAUGAGGUCCACCACGUACGUGAUGCUGCUGCCGCAGAGAUCGCCGGCGGUGCAUGCUGCCAAUGCGUUCCUUCAAGAGCAGGAAAGCUAUACCAACACCGAGACCUUAAGCUCCAAGACCAUGGCCCGCAUUGCGGCGUUCUUGCUGGUGGCCCUGCUCUCCUUAGCCGGGCAUCUCGCGCAGUCCGCGCCAUGCCGAUCAUGCCCGCCCACAAAGCCUUCCAAGCCUGCACCGUGUAAGCACAAGUCCUCACCAUCGUCCAUACCCUGCCCUCCACCUUCACAAACUCCCAUGCCCUCAACCACACCCACACUCACCCCGGUGACUCCGACGCCGGCACCGACCCCGACUGUCUUCAUCCCUCCACCUACAAACACUCCGGCACCCACGCCCAUACCGGCCUCUGUAACUCCAACAUCGGCACCGACCCCUAUGAUGCCUCCAAUACCAACCCCUAUAACUCCAACGCCGGUACCAGCUCCUCUCUCUCCAACACCAACACCGGUGGCCCCAACACCUACAACCGUGAUGCCGCCGAGACAGAUGCCUAUGGCACCAACGCCGGCACCGACCCCUGUAUCUCCAACGCCAAACCCGGUGGCCCCAAGACCUAUCCCUGUGAUGCCGCCAACAACGACGCCGGCAUCGACCCCUAUCUCUCCAACGCCAAGUCCGGUGGCGCCAACACCGACCCGUGUGGUUCCGACGCCAGCACCCACCCCUGUCUCUCCGUCGCCAACCCUGGUGACCCCAACACCGGCCCCUGUGAUGCCGCCAACACCAACAUCGGUGACUCCGAUGCCAGCACCGACCCCCGUUUCUCCAACGCCAACUCCGGUGGCCCCAACACCGACUCCUAUGAUACCGCCAUCACCAACCCUUGUGACUCUGAUGCCAGCACCAACCCCUGUCUCUCGAACGCCAAUCCCGGUGGCCCCAACACCGACCCUCGUGAUGCCGCCAGCACCCACCCCUGUGACUCCGACGCCACCCCCAGCCCCGGCCCCAGCGCCGGCUACAUCGACCGGCAAGUGCCCCGUGGACACACUGAAGCUACUUGCGUGCGUGGACGUGCUCAAUGGGCUGUUGCACGCGGUGAUCGGCAGUAGCGCCAGGAAUACAUGCUGCCCGCUGCUGUCCGGCGUUGCCGACCUCGACGCUGCUCUCUGCCUUUGCACCACCAUCAAGGUCAAGGCCCUCAACAUCAACCUCAUGCUGCCCAUCGCCAUCGAGGUGCUCGUCAACCAGUGCGGCAAGAGAGUGCCGAAAGACUUCCGCUGCCCUAACUAAGCUCCAUAGAUUACUAUAUGUACUAUCAGUAUCACCUGCAUAUGAAUGUGAUACAUGCAUUAAAUUCUCUUGUGUGGUCACACGGGUGACAUAUCGAAGUGUAAUAAUCUAUAUGUACAUGGAUUUGCAGCUCUGACUCGCUACUUGUGACGGGGAGCUGUGGAGCAUGCGUACAUUGUGUUUGUGUAACAGCGUAUCCUAUAGUAACCGUAUAACAUGCUACCAAUUGUGGUCUUCCAUCGGUUUUGUAGUGUGUGUUUUCUUUUUGAAGAACUAUGAAUAAAAUGUUC